CAAAAUGGCUAAAUUUAAUGUAAAAUAAAUUAUUUCUAUACGGUUGUUCUUUCACUAAUGAAAUUUAUCGAUCAACUGCUUUCAUCACAACAACAUCUGCUUUUUAUGGAAUGAAAGAAAAACUGAUUCGAGUUGCGGCUUCUGUUUACCUAAUAAAAAGUGAUUUUCGUGACUGAAAAUGUUGCGGAGCUUGAGCAGUCGUUUGGAGCCACACAGCUUGGUGGGUAUCCUCACGCGUGCCAUGUCGGCUUAUCCUCCACAUUAUGUUGAAGCAAUAUUUUCUAAAAAGAAGCAGCUCAGCCUAAAAGAAACUGAUGAAUACAUCAAGUUGUCACAUUUACCAAUUAAGGCGGCCAGAAAUGAUGAAUCCGAAUCAAUAUUUUACCACGAAUUGGUUAACAAAAUGGCAAAUUAUAUAACAAAAGGGGGCAACAAGAAAUUAGCCAGAGAAUUGCUCACCAAAUCAUUUGAAUGUAUGAAGCGUGUGCAAAUUGAGCGCAUGAACUUAAAUCCCGAUGCCAAAAACACAAUAAUUGCCGAUCCGGAACAAUUGUUGAUUAAGGCAAUUGAAAAUAGCCGCCCACUCUUGCAGUUGACCGCAAUCAAACGUGGUGGCGUCAAAUAUCAAGUACCCAUCCCAGUAACUGAAAAGCGUUCAUAUUUUCUGGCUAUGAAAUGGAUACUAGAGGCAGCCAGGGAAAAGGAGCGUAAAGUGCAUUUGCCAGAAAAAUUGGCAUGGGAGGUAUUAGAUGCAGCCUAUAAUCAAGGGCGUGUGGUGAAAAAGAAGAAUGACUUGCAUCGUCAAUGCGAAGCUAAUCGCGCCUACGCGCAUUACAGAUGGAGUUAGAAAGUUGUUUGUUGAAUAGUCUUUACAAGUGUGGUGCUUUUUGUAAAAUAAUCACAAAAUAAAAAUAACAAAAUUUAUAAAUAUGUUUCCGGAA